CCCUACACUGCAACCGCCCCUAGCAACGAGCGUUUACAUCAUGGAGAUUAAAAGGUGUAGAAGCUCCCGGCUUCAUUAAGGAAUUGCCAGGCUGGUUCAAGAACCAGAUUAGCGCUUCAACUGAAGACCUAAUGAUGCCUUACGUGUGAUGAGAAUGGGAGGAAGCGGAUCCAAAGCCAAAGGCACCUGGCCUUUUUCCAGUAGCGGGUCGGGAGGGGACUCUGCCGUUAAUGGCAGCGAGCAGUCGGUGGCCCGCCUUAAAUGUUCCAGAAAUGCAACACCCUUUGUUUUUACAAGGAGGAGCUCGCUAUACUACGACGAGGAUGGCGACCUUGCCCACGAAUUCUACGAGGAGACGGUGGUGACAAAAAACGGCCGGAAAAAAUCCAAGUUGAAGAGAAUUCAGAAGAAUUUGAUCCCACAGGGAAUUGUGAAACUGCAGCAUCCCUGUAUUCACGUAGACUUCCCCAUCAUCCUCUGUGAGGUGUGAAGGUUGUUUUGUCAUACCAUGAACUCUUCCUUAAAGAGGUCAGACCCGACCAAGUCUGUCAGUCCAAAUAUGAACUGUGGUCCGGAGAAAGAAAACGUCCAUUACCAAGUGACAUCCAUGUUUUGUCAUUCACACGCAGGUAGUACCGGUGUCUGUCAUGUGUUCACUGACUAGCUGAUACAGUAUACAAGAAGACUUUAAAGGGGACAUAUUGUGGAAAAUUGACUUUUUAUUGGCUUGUAUACAAAAGUGAGGUUGGUGUGAGCAAUGGGACAGCUCUCUCAAAACAGGCUAAUUUCAGAGUUAAAAAAAGUCAUUUUUCAGAUCUGUUAGUAAGACAGGAAAAAAGCACAUUAUGUCUCCUUUAAAAACAAAACAUCAUACUAUGCUGUAUUUCUCCUUUGAGGUGUUAUUUGUGCAAAAAAAUACUAAGGGGUGUUCAGGCCACACUGAAAAGAGAAAUAGAAAAAUGAAAAUUAUGAGAGUUGUCAAGUCAUAACAUAAUUUUUUUUGUGUCUUGUGAUAUAUAUUUGUAAUAUAUAUAUUUUUUUCGAGAUGCAUUUGUUUGCUUUGACUUGCGUGCAGAUUCUUCUUUCUGCUGUGUCUUAUAAAGACACAGUAAAACUUUCAAAUGUUCUGCCAUUAAUUAAUAUCUUAAGGGACCCAAAAAAGUUAUUUUAUUCAUUGUAUAUAUAUAUUAUUUUUUUUUAUUAAUUGGUUGAUUACUCGGUUACCUGGAUUUUGUUAUAACAUGUAUUGGAAUUGGCAUUUGUCGUAUCCUAUUGAUGACUUGUCAAUAAUGAAAUAAUGCAGCUAUUUUUUUCCUUCUUUUCAGUGUGGCUUCAUAGUUGCUUAUACAAAAUGGCAGUUAGUAUCUGCCUUGAGUAAGCCGUACACAUGUAGCAAGUGUGUGUUUGUGUAUGUGUGUGAACUCAUCUUUAAAUGAAUGAAUGUGUAAAUAUGCGGCAGGGUGGCGGUGGUGUUUUAGCGAAAUAAAAAUUCCAUUUGUGGGCCUUGUUCAGUCACGUGAACUCAGACCUGCACUAGUGAAAAUGAUGCACUGUAAAUAAUUCUGAUGCAUUAGUUGGAAAUACUUGAAUAAAUAGUUUACUGAGCU